AUGGAUGAUGAAGAUGGCCGAUGCUUGCUAGAUGUAAUUUGUGAUCCUCAGGCCCUGAACGAUUUUUUACAUGGAUCCGAAAAGAUUGACAGUGAUGAUCUCCUGGACAACACAGGAGAUGCAGCCAGUGCCUUUUUUGAAGGUGCUGGGCUGCACGUACAGGAACCCUCCGGCAAUCAUCUGAACGCCGAACAGAACCAGCCCACGACCAGCGUCGACCUCGACUUCUUGGAAGAUGACAUCCUGGGUUCGCCCUCGGGGGGCGGGGCCAGCCUGCAGAACUCAGACCAGCCCUGCGACAUCCUCCAGCAGAGCUUGCAGGAGGCCAACAUCACGGAACAGACUCUGGAGGCCGAGGCGGAGCUGGACCUGGGCUCUUUCCAGCUCCCCACGCUCCAGCCGGUGGUCCACACCGCCUCCGACGGCACCCCGCAGAUCUUUUCCAGUGGGGCUGACCUCAUUGGGCUGCAGCAGCCGGCGGUCCUCACCCACCAAGCCCUGGUGCAGCAGUCGGUGGGGGCGGACGUGGUCAAUAAAGCCAUCAGCGUGCAGCCUUUCCUCCAGCAGGUCGGCCUGGGGAACGUCACCAUCCAGCCCAUCUCCAACCUCCAGGGCCUGCCCAACGGGAGCCCCAGUGGGGCGCUGGGCAUCGGGCAGAUCCAAGUGGUCGGCCAGCAGGUGAUGGCGAUCAACCAGCCGGCGCAGCAGAUCAUCGCGAAGCAAGUUCAGCCUUCCCAGGUGGCCGCCAUGCCCGUCGGGAGUUACAUCACCCAGACGGCAGCGGAGCAGCAGCAGGUCACCCUCGCCUCGGCCGGGGUGUCCCCCCAGAACGCGGGCCUUGUCAUCCAGAAGAACCUCCCAGCGGUGGCCACGACGACGCUGAACGGGAGCUCCAUGUUCGGGGGCGUGUCGGCCACGCAGGGCUCCCAGCCGCUCACCGUCACGUCCAAUUUAAGCAGCCCGCUGGUGCAGGCCCAGAACGUGAUCAUCCACCGGACGCCCACGCCGAUUCAGCCCAAGCCCGCGGGGGUCCUCCAGCAGAAGGUGUACCAGAUCACCCCCAAGCCCUUCGGCCCCAACAACACCACCCUCACCAUCCAGAACGAGGCCGCGCUGCAGCAGCAGAAAGCCCAGCAGAACCUGAACUUCAUGGCAGGCAAGGCGGGGCAGAACGUGGUGCUGUCCGCCUUCCCGCCGGGGCUGCCGGCCAACAUGUUCAAGCAGCCCCCGCCCCAGCAGCAGGCCCUCAGCAAGCCCAUGAGCGUCCACUUGCUGAACCAAGGGAGCAGCAUCGUCAUCCCCGCCCAGCACGUCCCUCAGGCCAUGCUGCAGGGGCAGAACCAGUUCCUUCUCCCGGGGCAGCUCGCCGGCACGUCCACGGUCCAGAUCCCCCAGCAGCUCUCGGCGCUGCAGGCCAACAUGGGGGGCCAGAUAUUAACCACCUCCCACCCCAGCGGGCAGACCCAUAUCAUUACUAGCCAAGGGCCCGGCGGGCAGCUGAUCACCAAUCAGGCGCUGCCCGCCCAGAUCCUCACCAAUCAGAACCUGGCGAGCCAGCUCAACUUGGGGCAGGUGCUGACGUCGCAGAAUGCCCACGGCACGGCCCACAUCCUUUCCGGGCCUAUUCAGCUGCAGCCCGGGCAGGUCGGCCAGCCGACCCUCUUCCAGAUGCCCGUCUCUCUGGCCGGCAGCUUGACAACUCAGAGCCAGCCGACGGUCGCGGCCUCCUUGGCCGGCGGCACCCUCAGUCAGACCGGCCAGACUGUCAUCCAGGGGGUCACCCUACCAAACCAAGUGGCUAUGCUGAACGCCGCCGAGAACCUCAACCAAACCGUGACCAUCCAAGCACCCGCCGGCAGCCAGAGCCCUGGCCUCAUCCAGCCUCAGUCAGCCUCCAACGCCAGCUUGUUGCCGAGCGGCGACCAGGCCAGCAUAUUGACCGUCCAGUCCGCCUCCCAGCCCUCUGCUCCUCCCCAGCUCCAGCUGAACGUGCAGCAGCAAACCCCGCCUCCGCCUCAGCAGCCAGCGCAGUUACCUGUGACGGCUCAGCCCAGCCCUAACUUGGUGGCAUCGAGUCCAGAAAAGAUUAUCUUGGGCCAAGCAGCGGCUGGAAGCGUGGUCUCCCAGGAUUCCAUGCAGCUGUUCCUGCAACAGAAGGAUCGGAGCCAGCAGCAGCAGCAGUUUUAUUCGCCAGCUCUGAAAAUGCAGCCGGAGAGCGGUCUGGCCGAGUCCGCCGUGCCCCCCCACCUGCCAAUGCCUCUGCCCAUCUACAGCAUAGCCGCCACCGCCCUCAGCACCACCAGCAGUGUCCCGGCCUCAGUGAUAGUGAACAGCAGUGUAGGCGCGGUCCCGCAGCUGCCUACCAGCCGAGAGCUCAGCCAGAGCCGCAACACGCCACCGGCGGAUUCCAAAGUGCCUCAGUUCUCCGCCGGCCCUUCCCAGCAGGCACUGGCUUGCCAGUUGCCUUCGGGACAGCAGAAGCUUCCCGGAGCCUCCCCGUCCCAUUCGCUACCUCAUCCUUCCAUGGGGGAGAGCCCCCAGCUCCAGCCCGCGCACCUCUCCCAGAUGCAGUCCCCCCAUCCGUCCCGUCCUCCGUCGCAGCCUCAGCCUCUCUCCCGGCCGCCCUCCCGGCCUCACUCGAGGCCCCCUUCCCAGCCUCAGACUCUGUCCCGGCCGCCCUCAGAGCCCCUGUCACGGUCCUGCACCCCCCAGACGCAGAUGCAGAACCUGUACGUCAUCCAGAACCAGAUCGCCUCCUCCCCUCACGGCCCCAGCCAGCACCCCCUGCGCCCCCCCUCACAGCCUCAGGUCCCCUUCCAAGCGCCCCAGGCCCAGCCAGAGGGGCAGCCUCCGCUGCCGCCCCCUCCACACCUGCAGCUGCCAGUCCAGCUGGCGACUCAGCUCCAGCCGCAGGCCGAUGCCCAGGCCCGGCUCCAGCCUCCGCCCGAUGUACAGCACACCCACUCCCCCCACUUCCAGCUCCAGUUCCCCACCCAGGGCCCGAUCAAGCCCCCCACCCCAACCCAGGCUCUCCACCUGACGCCGGAGCAGCAGAGGAGCUUCCAGAUGGUUCCAAACCAGUUCCCGGCCCUCUCUGCCAUCCCGGCCUCCAUACCUCAGCAGAAGCAGCUCAUGGACCGGUUUCAGCAGGUGCCCCAGGGGAUCAUCCUGCAAACAAAGCAGCCCACUUCCACGAGCCAGGCGCCGCCGGCCUUGAGCCAGUUCAGCGGCCAGCCCUCUUCCGUCCUGGUCAGCAGCCAGGGGCAGCCGGUCACCGUGACAGCCGCUCAGGCGCCGCCGGUCCACAGCCACCCACCUGUGCCUGCCACCGUUCAGCCUUCCACGACGGGUCUGAGCAAGGUGGCUCCUGUGCUUGAAAAGGGCCAGCUGCAGAGAGGAGGAGGAGGGCAGCCGGGGCAGCCCGCAGCACUGCUGCAGCCGCAGACGCCCGUGUUGGUCAAAUCAGCAAUACGUAACCUGAGCGGUGGGUCUCCCACGGAGAGCAACCCCUUUUCCAGUGGCUCCUCGGCUCUUUCUGGCGGAAAAACGUCCACCGGGCAAGGAAAACCUGCAGUCCCUCUGGCCAUACAGCAGCCAGUUCAGACCAAGCCUGGAGUCAUCAGCUCCGUGUCCAGCCUGAACCUCGGGAAAGGUCCACUGCAGCUCCAGGUCCUCGGAAAGAGCUUGCCCCAACUCCUCCCUUCGGCCCAGGCCCAAGUCCAGCAGCAGUACGAUGGCAAGCUCGGAAGCAUGAAAAAGCCUCCCAUGCUGCAGCCCAGCAAGGAAGCUUGUUUCCUGGAACAGCUGCAUAAACACCAGGGGGCCGUGCUGCACCCCGAUUACAAGACCUCGUUCCGGUCGUUUGAAGAUGCCGCUCACAGGCUCCUACCCUACCACGUCUACCAGGGAACGCUGCCUUCUCCUCAUGACUACCGAAAAGAUGAAGAGUUUGAAAUGGUGUCCGCGCAACUUCUAAAACGCACCCAAGCCAUGUUGAACAAGUACCGCCUGCUGCUCUUGGAGGAAUCCCGGAGAAUCAGUCCUUCAGCGGAGAUGGUCAUGAUCGACCGGAUGUUCAUCCAGGAAGAAAAGACCACUUUAGCUCUUGAUAAACAGCUAGCGAAGGAGAAGCCAGAUGAGUACGUCUCCUCGUCUUCACGCUCGCAGAGCUUCGCUUCUUCCCUGGCCCAGGGCUGCGCGUCCAGCAGUGUCGCUUCGGCUUCCGAGAGCCUGAAAGCCCCUCCGGUGCAGAUGGCGACCCAGAUCAACCCCACCAAACUGGUCAUCAAGCACAGCGGAGGCUCCCCCUCCGUCACGUGGGCGAAGGCUUCCCCUUCCCUGGAUGGCGACGACGACGCCCUGCCCUCCAGGAGCAAACCGCCCAUCAAAACCUACGAAGCCCGCAGUCGGAUUGGCCUGAAGCUGAAGAUCAAACAAGAGGCGGGGCUCAGCAAAGUGGUCCACAACACUGCCUUGGACCCGGUGCAUCAGACGCCGCCGCCCGUGUGCACGGUGAUCAAAAUGGCCGACCAGCACUCAUCGGCUUCAGCCGCCGCCGCCACCACCACCACCUCCGUGGCAGGGCAAAUGAACGGGACAGUCGACCACGUCACUGCAGCACCGGCGGAGAAGAAGCCGUUGGUGACCUACUGCAGGCUCCCUCUCCGCAAGACUUACCGGGAGAACGUGGAUGCUUUCGUGGCCGACAAGGCCCCUGACCCUUGCGCGAAAGGGAGUGCCCCGAAAGCGGAUCUGGUGCCAAGCACCCUCAUCAUUAAGCAAGACGGCGGCUCCAGGAGCGUCAUCACCUCCCACAAAACUCACGAGAGCCCUUCCGGGGCCGCGGCGGAGAGGGGCCGGUUGGAGGAGAACACCAAGCAUACUUUUUUCAACCGGAGUGAGGCCCGUUCUGCGCAAGAGAGCCCCGCCCCUCCGAAGUCUGACGAUGCAACCAGUGGCCUUAUGAAGGAACUAGCGGAGGUUGAGGACGAGUUUUAUCACCGGAUGAUAAAGACCGAGCCCCCGGACCACGGCUCUGCCUCUGAUCUCACGUGGGAGGUUCCCCUGCCCCCAGCCAAACGUAGGAAAUCGGAGUCCUUUGACGUCGAUAACGCUAGCUUCUCCAGCGACAGCCCCCAGGACGAUUCCCUGAACGAACAUCUGCAGAGUGCCAUCGACAGCAUCCUCAACUUGCAGCAACCUCAGGCUGGGGGCCAGAACACCCGGACACCCUCCUCCUCGUACAAUUCCUCUUCCUCCCCUUUCUCCUCCCCCGCCCACCGCACGGACACUUACCUUGCCCCGAAUCACAACGGCGGCCUUGGAGCAAGGACGUUGAACAGAUAA